AUGGCCGACAGACCUGGGCAACUGAGUAAUUAUAUAUAGUGACACGAAUUCCACAUAAGAAUGGCAGUCAAAGGACUAUCAGAGAGACAAAAAGCUGAUUUGGCAGAAAUAGUCGCUUUUGAAACCUUAUUCGACAUUGAAGAAUAUAUUAGACCCGAAUUUCCUUCCAAAUUAGGGAGCCGAGAGGUAUUACGAUCGAAUGUGCAUUUGAACUCAUCAAGGAGACGUAUUGUACAGGAUGGUCAUGGAAGGUGGAGGGAGAUAAAACCCCAGCAUUACUCCAGCAAUUUACAACCAUCAAUAACGAAGAAUUCAGGAACAGUUAAAAGAGAGGGUCGAUUUGAUCUCAAACAUGGUGUUGCUGAAAUUUCUUAUGACAUGCACGCGAACAAAUCAAAUUAUAACAAUCUUUCUAUGGCUUUGAGAUCCAAUGUUUUCCCAGGACUUGGAAAUAAUCACUGGCAUACUACAACAGCUAAAGUUUAUAAAACACAGCAAGUGAUUCCACCGUCACACAGGGAGAAGUUUUUUGGUGUGCAAACUGAUGAGUUUGGAAAGUGGUCAGCUGCUAAUGUUCGUCAUGAAAGAAUGAAGAAAAAGUGGAACACAUAUCUUGAUUCUCUUCCAAAACAGGCAGCAAACUGGCCUCCUCACCAACUAAAAGAAGAAACCCACAAAGUAAAGAAACCCACACCACAAGCAAAACUCAAGAAACCCAACCCCAAACCAAAAGCACAAAAGAAGCAGACUCCUGUUGAUGAGGAGAAAGUUCCACUUGAAGAGAGUCUACCCUUAAAACCAAUAGACAUCAUUCAAAAUGAGGACACCAAUGACGACUUUUGGGACUUUUAUGACAAACCUUUCAAUAAGCCAACUUAGUUGUGAUGUCCAGUGUCUAAAUUUAUGUCUGUAGAGGAUACUUUUUGAUAUAACAUAACUUUACUAUCAUUAAAACCACAGAAGCUAAAGGUCUUGUUCAUAAUAGUUAGUUACUUUGUGAAUGGUGUUAGUACUCUCUUUUAUUAUAUGGCUGUGUCUCACAAGGACUGGGAACUACCGAAUUCACAAAUUUGAUUGGUUGAAACCAAUAUU